GGCUGGUGGGUGCAGAUCUCAUGGUGCAGCGUUGGGUGAAGGUUCCAUGAGGGCAGGUGAUGAGCAAAGUCCUCCUGAGCAUAGCUGGGAGGGAGAGAGAUGUGCUGGGGAGAUGAAAGAUUGUUUCUGCAGAGAUUUUAGCUCUGUUACUAAACCAGGACGCGAAUUAUUCCUUUUAGCUAGUGGGGGAGAAAUGCUCCUGCUGAGCCCAGGCUGCCCCUUUCCUGAGCAGUUCUGCACUCGCAGGGCUGGGCUGGGGGGGGUUGCUGAGGGUCUGGUGCUGUGCCUGGUACAGGGCUGUGAAUCUGAGACAAGGGGUCGGCCCUGAGCUAAGAAUAGUCAGGAGGCAAAGCAAGCUGAAUGCUGCAUUGGGGCGAUUUUCCUGCCCCCUGAGCAAACACAGUCCCUGAGAGGGCUGGGGCCAGGGGGGCUGAGUGCUCUGGACAGUUAUCGCUGUGACAGGAGGCUGUGUCCCAUCUCCUGCCUCCUGUGCUCCUGGGAUAGAGGGGAGCAGAGCCUUAUCUCUGCUGUGAUAGCGCUGUCACAGCCUGCCUGGGGACAGCUGCAAGCUCCAAGUGCUUUGGAGAGGGACAGUGUCUCUGUGCCCCGUCCUGGUACUGGGGACAGGCUGUGCUGGCCCUUAUCUCAAUCCUAACCCUCACUUUUUCCAAUCUGCCUCCAACCCUGCCAGACACCCAGGAAUGUCAGACACAGAGGAGGUCACCGAGGAAUAUGAACAGGAGCAGGAAGAGGAGUGCGUGGAGGAAGAAGAGGAAGAAUGGAUAGAGGAAGACGACGGGCAGGAGGAGCAGUUAGAGGAGGCGGAGGAGGAGAGCAAGGAAACCAAGGCAGAAGAACAAGAAGAUGAAAUGAAAGCAGCAGGAGAAGGUGGAGAGGGUGACCGGGAGCAGGAGCCUGGGGAAGGUGAAUCGAAGCCGAAACCCAAGGUCUUCAUGCCCAACCUGGUGCCUCCCAAAAUCCCAGAUGGCGAGAGACUGGAUUUUGACGACAUUCACCGCAAGCGCAUGGAGAAGGACCUGAAUGAGCUGCAGGCCCUCAUCGAAGCCCACUUUGAGAGCAGGAAGAAGGAGGAAGAGGAGCUCCUGAACCUCAAGGACAGGAUUGAGCAGCGGCGGGCGGAGCGGGCAGAGCAGCAGCGGAUCCGCAGCGAGCGGGAGAAGGAGCGCCAGGCCCGCAUGGCCGAGGAAAGGGCUCGCAAGGAGGAGGAGGAGGCGCGGAAGAGGGCAGAGGAGGAGGCGCGGAAGAAGAAGGCGUUCUCCAACAUGCUGCACUUUGGGGGCUACAUGCAGAAGUCAGAGAAAAAGGGUGGGAAGAAGCAAACGGAGCGGGAAAAGAAGAAGAAGAUCCUCAGUGAGCGACGGAAGCCCCUGAACAUCGACCACCUCAGCGAGGACAAGCUGAGGGAAAAGGCCAAGGAGCUGUGGCAGAACAUCCAUGACCUGGAGGCUGAGAAGUUUGACCUGCAGGAGAAGUUCAAGCGGCAGAAAUACGAGAUCAACGUCCUCCGAAACCGUAUCAGCGACCAUCAGAAAGUGUCCAAGGGUGCCCGAGGGAAGACCAUGGUGGGCGGCCGGUGGAAAUAGAGGCUCAGGGGGAGAGGAGUCCAAGCCCCGGGACCUGCAGUGGCUGCACAGAGCCCUGGCUGCAGGAAUGGGGAGCUCUGGGAGCUUCAGGAGAUCCCAUCUCCACCCCCCAGUGCUGUUGUGUCUGUAAAUAAAGUGGUGAGGGGGUGCAGGUGUGGUCUCCAUCCUGAGGCUCUGACCCCCGAGGACACAACUCAGGUUCAGCACAGCUCAAGGAGUUGCCCAGCUGCUCCCCAGACUGUGAGAGGACACAGCAACACCCAGGAACCCCCAAGCAACUGUCCCUGUGCCCUCUGGCAUCAUCUCAGCUGCAGGCCUUGGCAGGUUUGGUGACAGACUCAGUGGUCUGGUUUUCCUGCUGCACUUUGGGGCAAUCCUCAUUACGGCCACUUCAGUUCUGCUUUUGCGGUGGGACAGCAUGGACAGGGGCAUUGUUUCCAAGCCUCUCGGCCCAUGGAACAGUCACUAACUCCCCUUCCAGGCCCUCUUCAUUCCUCUUUCUAGCUCUUGCUAAAGGCUCAGACAAGCCAUGUUUGCCUCCCCUGCAUGUUACUGACAGCAGGCAAU